AUGGACACGGUUGACGAGGCUCCUUUCUCCUUUGAGGAUUUCUUUUCCCAUCUUAGUGACACCCAGGGACUCGACUUAGGCACUAAUUCAAGCCCCUCUGGAAUCAGUCCGACACCACCAGCUCGUGGGCCCGAUUCGCAUCAGCCCGACGGGCCUGACCAGCAAAUUCCGCCAUUCACACUCCAAGACAAUGCAAACUCUUCCCGCUCUCAACAACUAUAUCCUAGUCCUGCAAAGAAUGGGGCCCGGUUCUCCUCAACGUCACGCCGAGUUCUCAAGGAUUGGUUUGAAAGCCACCCGCAGCAGCCGUAUCCUACUGUCGGGGAUAUCGAGAGAAUACAACGACAGACUGGUCUGAGCCGGCAACAGAUAUUAGGUUGGUUUUCUAACGCGCGAAGGCGGCGCAAAACCCAGCCCCGUCACCGGCCUUCGACCCCCAUUGUUCGACCAGCCGACCUAAACUUAGAUUCUUCUCUCGAGCAAAUGAACCCACUGGAGAGAUGGCAGAACUCCCCGCCUGAUCAGGAACCCGCCGCAGCCUUCGCAAUCGCCCGCGCAGUUGAGACCCAGGCACCGGCUUCACACCACUCUUCCGACUCCGAGAAACCCUUAGAUCCCUAUUGGGAUAACUCGUCUGCGAGCAGCGUCAUUGCUUCUUACUCCAGCGGCAGCUCGUUGGCAUCUUCCCAAUAUGCUGCAUCCCACAUAUCCAGGGAUUCAGGCGGAAGCCACGGAUCAGCGAGUACUCUAGAGCACCUUCGGAAGUCAAUCAAACGUAGGCGACGCCGUGUCCCCAAACGAAGACCAGCCCAUGACCUGCUCAGUUCCCUCACGCAAGUUGAUCACAUGUUCCAAUGCACCUUCUGCACCGAGACCUUCAAAACAAAACAUAACUGGAAGCGGCAUGAACGUUGCCUCCAUCUCUCAUUAGAGCAGUGGGAAUGUUCUCCAUAUGGUCCUACGAUGUUGACAGAUGACCAAGGUACAAAUGCCUGUGUAUACUGUGGGGAGCUGAAACCAGACCAGGAGCAUCUAGUGAACCACAACCCAAUGAUUUGCAGCCAAAGGGCAGGACCUGAAAGGUUGUUCUAUCGAAAGGACCACCUGCAGCAACAUCUGAAGCUAGUCCAUAUGGCUGAUUUCAGGAGAUGUCCUAUGGAGAAAUGGAAGCAGGUGGUUGAGCAGAACGGGAAGACAAUGGCGGAUUGGACGGGUGAUUGGGGGUUUGAGGAGCAUAUUCUAGACAUGGUAGAGAAUUCCAUGCCUCCAUUUCAUAUUAGACUUCAUCCACGCCGAACGAUCCUCGCCUUGGCCUUUCACGACUCAGCAAGGCCCCCCGAAACUCCAGUGAGCGCUUUCGACUUGCUUAUGCUGGAGCUGGAGCAUUACUGGAUCAAUUGUCUCAACACGGAACACCGCGAACCGUCGUACCGCGAACUUCAAUAUGAGGCCUGCUGCAUCAUCUUUGGUUCAGAAUUACUCUGCCCAGUCCCAGUCGUUCCACGACCGUCGUGGCUCCGUGAUCUUCUCAUGUCAUCUGAGGACAUUUCUCAGCGCGCCCGCUUGCGGCCAGUGAAGGAUUCGUCCAAGUUUCGGAUCACACAGUUGCAGAUACACGGAAAAGACAAUAUCUUUCAAGAUUGUGGCCUGGAGAUGGAGCUUCAGAAAUAUAUUGAGACCUUUGUCCUAUUGGAAUUGAUUAUUGAGAACAGUGAGCUACAAUCCGAGGCAGGAAGGAUCGCUCUCAAGUUCGGGGAAGCCUCAUCCAUUCAUUCCGAGAUAUUCAUCCCAUUUCUUAAUAGUCUAAUAUCUGGCUCUACGGGAUGGCUUGAAGCAUUUCGCCAACGUGCCGGGUUGUUACCCGUUGAGAGCGCUUCUCUCUCGGCCAUGAACCCAACAUGCACGUUGGAUUCUCAAGUAUUUCUGGAGCGACCAUUUUUAGAAACACCAGCCGACCUUACCAAUGAGACACACGAAAGUGAAGGAGCCUUAGUAUCCCCGUCACAGGCCACAAAUGCAAAAGCGCCCUCCUCGUUCCUUAACGACAGCAAUUGCUACAGACGCCUCUCCAGGGAACUCUCACGAUACGUGGCAAGCACCACGUCGUCGCGGAACCCGGCCCAACACAUCCCCUCGGAUGAAGAACUACGGCAUCAUGCGCGAUGGAUCAUGUUCCAAGAUGACGAUCCAUGGAACCAAACUCCUGCUGAUAACCCGUAUUGGCUGCUUGAUUUCAAGCGUGAAGUGGGCUUACAAACUGAUGAUUCGGUCUAA